AUGGAGCUGGGCGGGGCGCUCACCAUCUUUCUGGCUCUCUGCCUCUCCUGCCUGCUCAUCAUGAUUGCCUGGAAAAAAGUCACCAAGGCAGGGAAGCUGCCCCCGGGCCCAACUCCGAUUCCUUUCCUGGGGAACCUGCUGCAGGUGCGCACCGAUGCUACCUUCCAGUCCUUCAUGAAGCUCAGGGAGAAGUACGGCCCCGUGUUCACCGUGUACAUGGGUCCCCGGCCCGUGGUGAUUCUAUGCGGACAUGAAGCGGUAAAGGAAGCCCUCGUGGACCGAGCGGAUGAGUUCAGUGGCCGUGGAGAACUGGCUUCCAUAGAGCGAAAUUUUCAAGGCCACGGUGUAGCCCUGGCCAACGGAGAACGCUGGAGGAUCCUGCGUCGCUUCUCCUUGACCAUCCUCCGGGACUUCGGGAUGGGCAAACGCAGCAUUGAGGAGCGGAUCCAGGAGGAGGCUGGCUACCUGCUGGAGGAGUUCCGCAAGACCAAAGGCGCCCCCAUCGAUCCCACCUUCUUCCUGAGCCGCACGGUCUCCAACGUCAUCAGCUCCGUGGUCUUCGGCAGCCGCUUCGACUACCAGGACGAGCAGUUCCUGAAGCUGCUGCGGAUGAUUAAUGAGAGUUUCAUCGAGAUGAGCACGCCCUGGGCACAGCUGUACGACAUGUACUCUGGAAUCAUGCAGUACUUACCAGGAAGACACAAUCGCAUCUACUACUUGAUAGAGGAGCUCAAGGACUUCAUCGCGUCCAGAGUCAAGGUCAACGAAGCAUCCUUUGACCCUCAGAAUCCUCGGGAUUUCAUUGACUGCUUCCUCAUCAAGAUGCACCAGGAUCAAAAUAACCCCAACACGGAGUUCAACCUCAAGAACUUGGUGCUCACCACGCUCAACCUCUUCUUUGCGGGCACGGAGACAGUGAGCUCCACCCUCCGCUAUGGGUUCCUGCUGCUCAUGAAGCACCCUGAGGUGGAAGCCAAGAUCUACGAAGAGAUCCAUCGGGUGAUUGGACCGCACCGGAUCCCCAGCGUGGACGACCGGGUCAAGAUGCCCUUCACCGACGCCGUGAUCCAUGAGAUACAGAGGCUGACGGACAUUGUGCCUAUGGGCGUCCCUCACAACGUCAUUCGGGACACUCACUUUCGAGGCUACCUCCUACCCAAGGGCACAGACGUAUUUCCCCUGCUGGGCUCCGUCCUCAAAGACCCCAAGUACUUCCGCCAUCCGGACGCCUUCUACCCGGAACACUUCCUGGACGAGCAGGGCCGCUUCAAGAAGAAUGAAGCGUUUGUGCCAUUCUCCUCUGGCAAGCGCAUCUGCCUGGGUGAAGCCAUGGCCCGCAUGGAGCUCUUCCUCUACUUCACCUCCAUCCUGCAGAAUUUCUCCCUGCACCCGCUGGUGCCGCCCGUCAACAUUGACAUCACCCCCAAGAUCUCGGGCUUCGGCAACAUUCCUCCAUCCUACGAGCUCUGCCUUGUGGCCCGCUGA